UUCCUCUUCUAAUUUAAUUAUUUUUUUGCUUUCUCUUUGAGAUGAAUGCUCUCGAGAUGCUUGUACCAUAUUCGAGAUACCAAACUUUCCUUUAAUGGCAUCACACUUACCCAUCUCCUAUGAUCCUUCUUCCUCCACGUCUCUCCAUACCCAACAAUUGAUCUUCUGCUCCAGUGACAAAGUAAAGGACUUUGAGAAAGCCCAGUUGAGAAUUCCCUCUUCUUUCAGAAGAAAAGCUGCAAACUUGCAAACGAUGGCAUCAGGCAAGACACCUGGACUGACUCAGGAAGCUAAUGACUUCACUAGUGGAGAAAACAACACUGACGACGUAUUCGACGACAUGAAACAGCGGUUCCUCGCCUUCAAGAAGCUUAACUACAUGGAUAACUUAGAGCACUUCAAGAAACUAGCAGAUGCUCAAGCUCCAAAGUUUCUGGUGAUUGCUUGUGCAGACUCUAGGGUCUGUCCUUCUGCCGUCCUCGGAUUUCAACCUGGUGAAGCAUUCACUGUUCGUAACAUUGCAAAUUUAGUACCUUCAUACGAGUCUGGACCUACUGAAACAAAAGCUGCUCUCCAGUUCUCUGUGAAUACUCUUGAAGUGGAGAAUAUCUUAGUUGUUGGUCAUAGCCGUUGUGGAGGAAUUCAAGCUUUAAUGAGCAUGGAAGAUGAAGGAGACUCCAGAAGUUUCAUACGUAACUGGGUGAUUGUGGGGAAGAAGGCAAAGGAAAGCACAAAAGCUGUUGCUUCAAACCUCCAUUUUGAUCACCAGUGUCAACAUUGUGAAAAGACGUCGAUUAAUCAUUCAUUAGAAAGACUGCUUGGUUAUCCAUGGAUAGAAGAGAAAGUGCGGAAUGGAUCACUGUCACUCCAUGGUGGCUACUAUGACUUUGUAAACUGUACAUUUGAGAAAUGGACCGUCGAUUAUGAAGGAAGCAGAGGCGGCAAGAAGGAAGGCAGUGGGAUUGCUGUUAAAAACCGAUCAGUUUGGUGAUUAUUAACCAUCUCAAUCUUCAUUAGGAUUGUCUUUCAUAGUUUUGAGAAUCAUCAGAGACUCCUUUCUUUGCCGUUGUGUGUUGACAAAAUAUCAUAUUCUAACUCUUCAGGAACUUACGUUCGUUUUAUCAAUAUGAUUUGUGAAUUCAAUGUUUGA